AUGAAGGACCUCAACUCACGAAUCCAGCAACUCACGAAACUCAUUCUAACGUCUCAAACGGUAGAUGAAAACAAAGGAGAUGAAUCACGUCCCGCCAGCCCAUCUAAAGUUGAUUCCGAUAUGUCACCGUACCAGCUUCAACAAGAGCUUCUUGCGACUCGCCUUCAACUCGAGUCACAGUCGACUCUAAUACUUUCCCUGGAAACUGCUCUCCUGUCUCGCCCACAACUUCCACCAGACGCUUCAGAAACCGAGAAAGACAAGCUCAUUACUAAACAAGCGAAAACAAUCCGGGAGCCUUUGAGAGCCGUCAGAGAGGAUGUCGAGAAGGAAUGGAUGGGCAAACUUGAGGAAGAAGUGAAGAAGCGAGAAGAGAAGGUGGCUUGGGCGGCUGAACUUGUCAGGCAGCUGGACAAGGAAAAGAAGCUAAGGAUAAAACUCGAGGAGGAACGUCGUGCUCUUGCAUCUUUCGUCUGCAAAUUCGAUUCGCUGGGCCUUGGCCUUAGCAUACUGCCUUUGAAACUUAAGCCUGCAAAACCGACGCCGGGAUGUACUACUAAUUGA